UUAGAGUUUGGAAUUCUAACCAGUUUCGCGAGAGAUUCGGGCUCUAAUCCGAUUCGUGUACGGUUCAACGAACAGCUUUGGAUAUUUCAGAAUCGAUUCGGACAUGGAGUGGUUGCUGAUCUAUAAAAGUCCAUCCGGACGGCUCCUUACCGUGCUCAUCAACCAAAUAGGAGACCAGAAACCAAAAUAAAUCUCCUUUCGGGUGUGGCCUUCAGCAGUUCCACGAUUUCGACAUCGGGGGGUCAGAGUUGACGAGGAUAUAAUCCUCUCCAUUAGAAGCUGAUGGACGAAUCGCCGGAUGUGCCGCAGGACAUCCUGCGGUGUAUAUUUGCUAUCUUGGAGAUCCCUGACCUUGUGCGUGCAGGAUCAGUCUGCUCGUCAUGGCGUGCCGCCUACACCAGUCUGUGCAGCACUGGAAAUUGCAAGUUGCAGCAGACACCGUGCCUCCUGUACACCUCUGAAUCCACCGAUGCGAGGGAAGCGGGUCUCUACAGCAUCACGGAGAAGAAGGCCUACACAUUGACUCUCCCAGACCCACCUAUCCGUAGCAGGUAUAUCAUUGGCUCCUCAUAUGGAUGGAUCAUCACAGCUGAUGAGAGGUCCGAGCUUCACCUUGUCAAUCCUAUCACCGGCGAGCAGAUUGCCUUACCAUCAGUCACGACUAUCGAGCAAGUGAAGCCGGUCUUCGAUGACGAAGGCGCUGUGUGCAGCUAUGAAUAUUGGUGGUACACCGGAAAGGAUGUGAUUUCAAACACGCCUUCAGUAUUUCCUCUCAGCGAGCUGAGGGAUUUCCUGUUCUACAAGGCCUUCCUGUCUUCGGAUCCGUCUACGGGAGGCUACUUCGUGGUGCUCAUCCACAACCCACAUUCACAGCUCUCGUUUGCAAGGGCAGGGGAUGAUAAGUGGACCUGGUUGCCACCAUGUUCUUACUAUGAAGACUGCUUAUUCAAGGAGGGGUUGUUGUAUGCAUCCACUACAAUUGGAGAAAUUCAUACAUUCAAUCUUGGUGCUCCUGCAGUCACACGGAAGGUAUUUUUGAACAAGACGAAAGACAUUUAUUGCGAGAGGAUUUACAUCGUUCAAGGUUCAGGUGGUGAGAUGCUGCAAAUAUGGAGGUCUGAUGCAGAGCCACGUGGAGAAGACGAAGAUGAAACUGAUUCAGAUUUAGAACUGGAAUUAGACGAUGACAAAGUUGUGGACAAAACCACCGCGAUCACCGUCUAUGAAGUGGAGCCUGCAUCAAAAAGGAUUGAGAAAAUAAGUAGCUUGGGUCAGAACGUGCUGUUUCUUGGGCAUAAUCAAUCACUUUGCCUCCAUGCUGAAGAGUAUCCACAGCUGAAGGGAAAUCAUGUCUACUUCACUGAUGAUGACUUUCUCUAUACUACAGGUUUCAAGAAUAACCGCCGUGACAUUGGUGUAUUUGACUUGGAAAAUAACAGCAGCGAGGAAAUCACAACCCCUCAGCUUUGGUCCAACUGGCCAACCCCUGUGUGGCUGAUUCCAAAUCCUCGAAGAAUGAGUUUAGCAACGCACAGUUAG